UAUAAUAAAAAAUACAGUUUAUAAUAGUUACAUUUUGUGGAAACAAAAGUUGUUAAAUACAAUUUUAAAAAUUACUUUUUUGUAAUAUAUAUUAAUAUAUGAGAAUGUUUACUGUUAUUUUUUUUUGUAUCAAAUUUUUUAUCAAAUCCAAUUAGAAACCUUGAAAAUGAAGCAGAUUUAGUUUUUUAAAUGUAUUGUGUAAAAUACAAAACAGAUUGCAUGCAUAUAUACAGACAUGAGCAAAUAGAGACAGAAGUUUUAUUUUUAGCUGAAGCAUUUCUUUGACAUGUAACCCAGUCUUUCUGUCAGCCCUGUUCAUUUCUCCGUCUCGGUUUGUGCUCGAGCUCAAGAGUCGUCCGCUGUCAGAGAUCUGAGGGUUUGUUUUCAUGAAGUGGAAAACUGUGGGUGUAAACACAGUGCUUAUUUCUUGCUUUUUUUUAUUUUUUAUAAUUACUGGAAAUGGAAAGACUUUGUAGAGAAGAAGCCGCCGGGCGGUUUGUGUCUGUCAGUGUUAAUGCUGUUUUCAUUGUUGUUUCUGUCACAUUGGUUUCACCUGACUUGAAAAACUGUUAUAAAUAAAUGAGCAGUUUUGUCACACUUUCCACAAAAACUCUUGCAAAAUCGUGGCACUGUGUGCGGGAGGGUGAGUCAGGCCGGAGCGGCAGAAAAACAGGAACUAGAGAUGAGAAGAGAGCAGCUUUCACAUGCGUUCCCAUCAAACAUCUUCACAAUGACACAGCCAUGGAUCUGUACUGUCUUCUCUUCAUCUGCAGCUUCAUCAGACUCUCAGGUGCUCAGGACAUCACUACGGUCAGGCAGAUAUCUGUUCGGAGAGGACAGUCUGUCAUAAUUCCUUGUUUAUAUAAUCAGAAAUAUGCAUUUUCAUGCAAAUACAUGAGCGCUGGCUACUUUUGGCUAUUGAGUGAUUAUGUGGCGCUCCCUGACCAGAGAUAUCAUCACAAAACUGCAUUUAUCUCAGAUGACACGUCUCAUCACUGCUUCACCGUCCACAUGGAUAACGUCCAGGAGUCUGGCUAUUACUGGUGUGCCAUUCAUAUUCCUGCAGCUUUUGAUAAACGGGCGUGGUUUUUCUUGAACGUCGCAGCAGAGUCUCCCAAACUUCUCGUGAACUCUCAGAAUGUGACGGGAUCUGAGAAUGGCAGUGUUACCAUCACCUGCUACCAUCAGGAGCACAGUAGUGUAAAAUGGUGUAAGUUUGGAGGUCAGUGCAUUACCGGAGCGUCUGGGACGUUAGACGGCGCCUCGGUUGAGAUCAGAUACGGUCUGAGAAACAUGACUGUGAGCAUGAGCCGACUGAAGAAGGAGAACAUGGGAUGGUACUGGUGCUCAGCAGAAGAUCUGCAGAUGCCUGUUCAUAUCACUGUGGAUCAGAAGAAGAGCCACAAGAGUCCGGUUACAGCAGAGUCUGGUCAGAUCUCACCCAGACCUCGCAAAAGGACGGCUAUCUUAUUUCUGUUGCCUGUGAUUCUGGAGAUUCUCCUGAUGAUAAUCAUUUACUUGGCACUGAAACUGUUUAAGUUUUGCAAAAAGAGAUUCGUCCAGUCUGAGGGUGAAGCAGAGGAGGGUCAGUAUGUGACGAUGCACAGAAAGCAGUCGUCGCGUUCAUAUGGCUGUGUUGCUGCUGAAGGAGUGUAUGAAAAUAUGGCUGGACUCAAAACAAACAAUGAGAUUCCUGCUUCCAGUCAUAAAUCCACCGAUCCGGCUUUGGUCAAAAAAAGUAAUUUAUCAAAUGUGUCUCCGAGAGAAGCGGGUAAUGAGAACAUUAUGAAGACGUGACUGCCUGUUGUUCGUGUGUGUGUGUGUGUGUGUGUGUGUGUGUGUGUGUGUGUAAUGACAGACUGAUUCCUCACGGGGGCCUCAGAGACGUUCAUCACCAGCGUCACAGUAACUCUGUGUGUGCUUCAGUAUGACCUGUGAUCACCAUCACUCUGUCUGUAGAUAUUUAAUAAAUCAUGUACUGUUCUGAGUGUAGUUUAAUUCGUCGUGUGUUGAUUAAGCAUGAUUCACAGCCAGAUCUCUCCUACGCGUGAUGAUUCUUUAUAAAUCACUGAAUGAUGUACAGUGUGACGAGUUCAUCUGCACUUUACACCUCAUGAAGAAAAUGUGGUGAUAACAGCAGUUUUACUGUGUAAGUCAGAGCAUUAGUAUUUGCACCCUUGUGAAAGAGAUGUGCACUUAACUGUACUGAAUGAGCACCUGUAGUGGACUUCAGAUCUUAAAAAACUGAAUAAUAUUAAUGAAAUAAAAACACACUUAAAUGACUUAAAGAGAGACUUUCAUUACUGUUUCUUAAUACACUUAAGUAGACUUUUAAAUAGUGACCUUUGUAAUAAUGUCAACUGAAAAGUUUGACUUUAAAGUACAUUAUAUUUGAAUAAUCUUUUAUUGUGCUUUAAGACAUACACUUAUUUUGAUGAGCAUUGUUAUCAGACUCGUAUGUGUAGGUUUAUGGAAUUAGAUUUGUGCCAAAUAAAAUGAAUGUAAUUUUUCAAGAAACGUAUGAAAAUAUCAAGUGAAACUGAAUAACAUGUCUUUGAAACUAAAAAAUAAAUAAAUU